AUAAUAUGAAAUGAUUGCUUAUCCUCCUGAAUAUUUAAACUGGACAGAUUUUGGCGUGCUAUCCCCAACUUAGACUAGAGAAUAUUUUAUAGGACGAUCUAAUCCUUUAAAAACCCGACAUUCCAAGCUUCCUAGACAUCUCACUCUCCUUUGCCAACUUCAAAUACUUUGAGACUUCGAGUGAAAACCAUGGACACCCUUUACCUUGUUCUCUCUUUGGGAGCUGCAGUUUUCGCUUUGACCGUCUUUGCAUUCAAGCGAAAUUCAGAUGACAGUAACAACCUACCGCCAGGGAGCAUGGGGUGGCCUAUUGUGGGAGAAACUCUCGAGUUUCUGUUUGGGAAGCCGGAAAAUUUUGUGUUCAAGAGGAUGAGGAGGUACUCUCCUGACAUCUUCAAGACCAAAAUUCUUGGAGAGAAAACUGCUGUCAUUUGUGGUCCUAAUGGACACAAGUUUCUGUUCUCCAAUGAACAAAAGUACUUCACAGCUUUUCGACCACAUUCCAUGCAGAAGAUGUUUCGUUCGUACAAGGCUGCUGCUGCAGCUUCUGCUCCUCCUGCAGCACAGCCUGCUCGUAAUGAAGAAGCGAAAGUAUUGAGGUCCCCAGGGUUUUUGAAGCCGGAAGCAUUGGUGAGGUACUUGGGAAAAAUGGACUCAAUAACCCAAGAACAGAUGAGAACCUGUUGGGAAGGAAAAGAUGAGGUCAAGGUCUACCCUUUGGCCAAGAAACUCACUCUAAGUCUUGCCUGCAGAUUCUUCUUGGGCAUCGAUGAUCCCGAGAAAAUUGCAAGCCUAGUGAGCCACUUUGAUGAUGUUACUGUUGGGAUGCAUUCACUUAUUGUGAACUUCCCAGGAACAAUAUUCUUUAAGGCAACCAAAGCUGCAGAUGCGCUGCGAAAGGAGUUGAAGACUGUGAUUCAGGAGAAGAAGGCUGCAAUGGCAUCGGGAGCGCCUAUGCAUGACAUUUUGUCACAUAUGAUUAUGACCAGUGAUCCAUCUGGAAAAUACAUGCCGGAGGCAGAGGUUGCCGAUAAGAUAAUGGGUUUACUCACAGCAGGAUAUAGCACUGUGUCUACUGCCAAGACUUUCUUCAUGAAGUAUGUGGGAGAGAAGCCAGACAUUUAUGCCAAGGUCCUAGCUGAGCACAAAGAGAUUGCAGACUCAAAGAAGCCAGAAGACUUACUGGAGUGGGAAGACAUCAACAAGAUGAAGUACUCAUGGAAUGUGUUGCAUGAAGUGAUGAGAUUCACACCGCCACUUCAAGGAACAUUCAGAGAGGCCUUGACUGAUUUUACCUACGCCGGUUACACCAUUCUGAAGGGCUGGAAGGUAUACUGGACUGUCAGUACAACAAACAUGAACCCGGAAUACUUCCCCAACCCGGAAAAGUUUGAUCCAUCAAGAUAUGAUGACCUAAGUGCAUUCCCAGCUUUUACAUUCGUUCCAUUUGGAGGAGGGCCAAGAAUGUGCCCCGGGAAAGAGUACGCUCGCCUAGCAAUCCUCACCUUCGUUCACAAUGUGGUGAAGAGGUUCGAAUGGGAAGUGCUAUUUCCUAAGGAGAAGAUCACAGGCGACAUGAUGCCAACACCGGAGAAAGGGCUCCCAGUUCGCCUUCAUUGCCACUAGGCAUCAGACUGUCUGGAAUCUUCUGUUUACAAAUGUUCUUUGUUAAUGUUUUUCUUUUCCCUCUGUAUUUGUUAUCUUAUGUGAAACUGAAAGUGAUAAAUAUACAUGUUUAAUGUUGAUUGAAUUGAUGACUUCGGCCUUCAA